AUGUCUUGUGAUAUUGUUGUGCUAUGCCUAUGUGAACAAACACAUUAUCAUCACGAUUCAGUACAGCAACACAUUAAUGUGGAUAUGUUGAUAAAAUUGAUUGUUAUCAUAAUACAAAAUGAGCUUGUGAAAGAAAAAAGGGAAAGAAUAGGGAAAAGAUAUUCUGAGGGACUGCUCAGUGGUCACUUAUCCAAUUCAGUCAGCUCCUGGUACUAUGAAAGUAUCACUUUAAAGACUGCAGAACCAACUCCUGCCAAAACCGUCACAUAUGAUCAGAUUCUGUACAAACGUAGGAAAUCUGAAAAAGUUGGCAAAGGUUUAAGACAUUUUUCCAUGAAAGUAUGUGAAAAAGUAUGUAAGAAAGGUACUACGUCGUACAAUGAAGUGGCAGAUGAACUUGUUGCAGAGUUUACCAAUCCUAGUGUGAUGACUUCACCAAUGGACCAGCAACAGUAUGAUCAGAAGAAUAUUCGAAGACGUGUCUAUGAUGCCUUGAAUGUUCUUAUGGCAAUGAACAUUAUAUCAAAAGAGAAGAAGGAAAUAAGAUGGCUUGGACUACCAACAAAUUCUCUACAAGAAUGUGUUAAUUUGGAGAAAGACAAGCAAAGGAGAGUAGAGCGCAUUAAACUGAAAACACAACAGUUGCAUGAUCUCAUCUUGCAGCAAAUUUCAUUUAAGAAUCUUGUUGAACGAAAUCGGCAACAAGAGAAAGUUUCAGGGGUGCCUCCACCAAAUUCUGCAAUACAACUGCCAUUCAUUAUUGUGAAUACCAGCAAGAAGACUGUUAUUGACUGCAGUAUUUCUCAUGACAAAAUGGAGUACCUGUUUAAUUUUGAUGAUAAGUUUGAGAUUCAUGAUGAUAUUGAAGUUCUGAAACGAAUGGGGAUGGUGCUAGGUCUCGACAAUGGAACAUGUUCUGAAAAUGACCUCCAGCGGGCCAAAUCAAUGGUGCCAAAAUCAUUGGAAAAUUAUGUUAUUCAGUUGGCUACAGGCCAGGUGGAUCCUCUGCCAGAGCUUGGGGCUGGCCCCAGCUCCUCGUCUGUUCUCACCGUUGAUGAACUGGAAGGAAAUCUUGGGACCAGUGAAUUGUCACGCCAGUCAUCCCACACUUCUUUAUCUGAUCCAUUGUCACCAUCUCUGCACGACUUCUCUGACGAAGAGUCGGAUAUUUCUUCUGACCUUGAAGUGAACUAGCUGCCUUAGGCUGCAAGUUAGGCAUUGCCAAUUUUGCCCACGUAGCUCAAAAAGAAAAACAAAAUAAACUGUAGCCUCAUGACUGUGCUUGGGGUUAUUAAACAGAGAGGAAGUUGUUCCUCGUCUCAUUCCCUUUGGCACCUGCUCCCUGACCCUUUGUGUGAGUACACUUUAUAGGAUAACCAUGUCAUCCAUUGAUGUUUGUUUCCAAAGUUCUGAAGUUGAAAUCCACCGUCCAGCCCCAGAAUAAAAGAAUCCCUCUGAAUUGAUUAAUUAACUUUUCUGAAGUUACUACUUCAUGAAGAUGGAAUGUGAGAGGGGAGUAGAGCAAGAGAGAGAGAGCGCGCGAGAGAGAAAAUAGGUGUGUAUGUGUCAAUGAAUGCUAUGAGGUAGGGCUGUGUUUUCCAGAGUGCUAUUUGAUUUGAAUACACGUCUGGAAAAUUUGAACACAUUCUGUUUUUUUAGUGAUUUUUGAAAGUCUCAGUUCCCACUGUUCUUUCAAUGAAAUGCACUUAUGGAUCGGUCUCCUUUUGUGUGCUUACUGUGCAAUAUGGGGGAAUUGAGGUAGCUAUAUUGCCUUGGAAGUAGGAGUUACAUGGCCUUGAAAUUGCAGAUUUAUUGAGAACUCGAGUAUUGACUUGAGAGUCGUGUUUCUCUUGUUGAAGUUGUGCUUGGCACUUUAGUUUUGAAAGUUGUACCUUAUUUUCCUUGUUGGAUUUAUUUCUGCAAGCACUGCUCACCAGUGCAAUUUUGGUUGAAGAGGCGCCCAGCACCAGGACAUGUGAGAACAGUGAAAUCUUACUUCUAGAAGCUUGAUGUAAGACGAGUACAUAGAGUACAAUGCUUGUGAAGACGAAUCAUAAGAGGUGGAAUUGCUUAUGUUGUGAAUAAAAAAAUUCAAGUGCUUAAAGUUUCAAGGAAGCAAACUUCACCGCACAAACAGGGAUUUACAGCAAGAUUUCACUGCUUUCUCAAAUGUUUUUCAUAGGAGAGAUGUUUUUGGCCUUGAGGCUGAUAAUGGCAUUUGUGCUUGGCACAUGCCGCUGUACAAAUUGGGAUUAGAAUAAAUUUAAGAAGCAAGAAUACAGCCACCAUAUCUAAUCAGAAUUAUACAAAAUAUAACAUCUUAACAGUGUACACACUACAGUGCAUGUCACAUUGUGUGCCAGUGUUACUGUAGUGCUUGUUAUAGGGUGGAAUUCUUGUGAAUAUUUUGCCAUACAAAGUUGAUCUGCCUCAGUUAGUUUUCAUUCCAGAAGAGGUAGAUACGUAACUCAGGAUAUCAUGUGCCCAUGGUGUGGAUUAUAUUAGGAUGCACACGUGUGUGACUGGGGACUCUGUUUGAAGCAGAUUUGUUUUGGUAUGUGUAAGUUUGUAGAAUACCUUAUUUCUAGAAUCCAUCUACUGCAAUCUUUAUGCUUUGAGUAACGUUUAUUUCAGUGUGCGAAAGCGUGUAAGAAUGUUUUAAAUAUGGCUGUCUUUCCCACAUGUCGAGCAUGGUGGCUGUGAGAAAGGGAGCUGUGCAAUUUGUAUUGUUUUUUGUUUUUGUAAAAUGGUGCCUGUGUUCCAGACUUAGUUUUAGUUGAGAAUAUAGGCAAUUAGAUUUUUGUGAAAUUUCACAAUAAAUAAAACACCUGGAUUUCUGACAAUAUUGC